AGCAAGAAAGCUUUCGGAUGGGACACAUCGCAAACUGGAGGCAGUCCUGCAGGACCUCAAAGUGGAGGCAUGGGAGGUCAAGGUGCUCAGGGACUUGUCCACUGGAUGAGUGUCAUGGCAGAGCACAUGGAUCCCGCCAUGUCACAUUAUAUGGGUUGGAACCAAGAAUGUGGCCAACAUGGGAAAGACGACUAUCCGAACUGGACUCGGAAUACAAUGGGCAUGGGCAAACAAGGAUACGAAUCUAAAAUGAAUGAACACAACCAGAUGCAAAAAGUGUAUGCUGGUAUGGAAGACCAUCAUAUGGCAAAUACUCCUGGAUUGUAUACAUCAGGUAGAUCAACUUCUAGUAGCUCGAGUCCAGGAGUCCCUGGGUCGAGUCCUGCAUUGCUGGUCGUGCCACAACCAAUAAAUGCUACCAAAAUGGGUGGUAUGCAGAACGGCGGCGUCCAGCCAAGGAAAUACCAAUGCAAGAUGUGUCCUCAGGUGUUCAGUUCCAAAGCAGAGCUUCAAAUGCACACUCAAGCACAUAUGAGGGAAGCAAAACCUUACAAGUGUUCGCAGUGUUGCAAAGCCUUCGCCAAUAGUUCCUAUCUCUCACAGCAUACGAGGAUUCACCUGGGGAUCAAACCCUAUAGGUGUGAGAUUUGCCAAAGGAAAUUUACACAACUUAGCCACUUACAGCAGCACAUUCGAACACACACUGGAGAUAAACCAUACAAAUGUCGACAUCCGGGUUGUCAAAAAGCUUUUUCGCAACUCAGCAACUUGCAAUCACACUCCAGGUGCCACCAAACAGACAAACCCUACAAGUGCAACUCCUGCUACAAGUGCUUUAGCGACGAACCAUCGUUAUUGGAACAUAUACCAAAGCAUAAGGAGAGCAAACAUCUGAAAACGCACAUUUGUCAGUAUUGCGGAAAAAGCUACACACAGGAAACGUACCUGCAGAAGCACAUGCAAAAACAUGCGGAGAGAACCGACAAGCGACCUCCAAUUGGGCCAGGAUUAGGGUUAAAUCAUCGAGGAUUGGAUCAUCCGUACUGGCCGAAGGUAUCCCCUGAUAGCGCAGAAAACAUGCACGACUAUCCUACGGAUAUACCGCGUGGACUUCUAGAGCAAAAUGAAGACCUAGUGAUCAUCAGGCAGCAGUUAAGUGGACAAAAUGCAUCAGCGCCGCCCGGGCCUGGUGCCAACUUGGGCAACUCAUACGACACCUCCAUAUCCAAGAGUAAUACAAAUUCCGCAUUUACUCCCAUCAACUCAAUGUCAGGCCACUUAAACCACUUAAAUCAUCAACUAGCACCCAAUAGACCAUACCUAUACGAUCCUCUUCCAUUCGGCAAGCAGAAUAGCCUGGACAUUCCUAAAAGCCAACCUAGUAACGGGUUUCCCAAUCAGCUCAUUUCUCUACAUCAAAUCAGGAACUAUCAACCAAAUUCAAGCUUAAUGGAACAUUCCAUAUUAGGAGGCUUGAAGGAUAAAUAAAUAUUAGAGACUAUUUAGUUUAGUUAGGGUAAAUGUCCGAGUUUUUGAGGGGUGAAGUUGCAUAUGCUGUUGAUCUCACAUUAUCUAGAUUAGUUUUGUAAUCUAAUGAGAAAAUAACAGGAAUUUUUCUGCGAUG